ACUUCAGAUUUGGUUUCGAUUUUCGCCAAAAGCGAAACAAAAUAAAUAAUAGUUGUGUGUGAAAUAGUUUACUAGAGAAUUAUGAUUUUUUUUCAUUCCACAAUAUGAAUCGCAAAUGUAUUUUACGUUGUUUACUAGAUACACACGCGCCGAUUAUGUUGCCGCAUAACAUCGAAGUUUUCGUUGGUCGUAGUAAAGAAACUAAAAUCAAAGAUCAAGCUUGCUCUAGAAAGCAACUUUCUUUGAAAGCCAACUGCGAGGAUUGUGUUGUUGAACUAAAGUCAUUAGGUGUUAAUCCAUCUGGCUUGAAUGGAUUCCAAUUAAAAAAUGAUACAGUGUACAAAAUAAAACAUGAAAGUAGGGUGGAAAUACUACUGAAUAAUUUCAUUCAUAUAGUUGAAUUUGACCCACCUCCUGAAGACGGUGAGAGAAAAAGCAGCAAACGAAAAUUGGAGGAGGGAGAUAAUACACCAUCAAAAUUAAUUAAAAUUGAAUCAAAAGAAGCCAUGGAUAAUGUUUGGGAAGACGAAGACAAUAAAGAAGUGUACAUAUUUACAGCUAGAGGAGUGAAAUCUAGUUCCAAAAUAGCUGCUUUUGAUAUGGAUGGUACGCUCAUAAAAACAAAAUCUGGUAAAGUGUUUCCAGUUGACACUAAAGAUUGGACGAUAGCAUUCCCGCAAGUACCCAAAAAGAUAAAAGAGAAGUUUGACGAAGGAUAUAAAAUAGUGAUUCUGAGUAAUCAAUCGCCUAUAGGCAGUGGCAGGGUCAAAUUAGAGGAUUUCAAAGUAAAAAUUGAGAAGAUUGUUGAAAAGUUGAAUGUGCCGGUGCAAGCGUAUUUGGCUACUGGCAAAGGCUUCUAUAGAAAACCAGGAAUUGGUAUGUGGAAAGUGUUAUCAGAAAAGAAAAAUGAUGGCAUCGAAAUUGACAUGAAAAGCAGUUUCUACUGUGGUGACGCUGCCGGCAGACUGGCCAAUUGGGCUCCAGGCAAGAAGAAGGACCACUCGAUGGCAGAUAUUCUUUUUGCUGAGAAUCUAAACCUAACAUUCUAUACACCUGAACAAUUUUUCUUGGGACAUUCCAUAGCAAAUGUUCCGAUGGGCAAGCCAGAAUUUAUUCCAAGAGAACUAAAUUCAGAACCAUUCAAUCAGAAACUAAUAGCUGAUGAGAAAGAGCUGUUAGUAAUGGUGGGCUAUCCUGGCAGUGGCAAAUCGUUUUUAGCAAAACAAAUUCAAAAAAAAUCUGACAGUAAAUAUGCCAUUGUAUGCAGAGACACUCUUGGAACCUGGCAAAAGUGUGCUGCUGAGGCUACAAAGUUUUUACAGCAAGGCAAAAGCGUAGUAGUAGACAGUACAAACCCGGAUUUAGAAUCUCGAGCGCGCUGGACAGCGUUGGCAAAGGAUUUGAAAGUGUCAUGUCGUUGUGCCAACAUGACGACCAGCAAGGCACAUGCGCUACACAACAAUAAGUUUAGAGAGAUCAUGAAAGAGAAACACAUGCCCGUCAGUGAUAUUGUGUUUCACUCGUUCAAGAAUAAAUACGUGGUACCGACAGUAAAGGAGGGUUUCAAGGAAGUAAUCCAUGUGAAGUUCAGCCCAUGUUUUGCAAACAAGGAAGCGGAAAAUAUUUAUAGGAUGCAUUUGUUAGAGAAGUGACAUUAAAUUAAUAAAAGGUU